AAAAAAGGCCAAUGCUAGCGCAACUCUGUUUCCGUGACAUUGGAUAGCUAAGGAGGAAAGUCUAAAAAUUGUGAGCCCUAAUUUUCUAUCUUUCCCAAUUCUUUUUCCCCCAAAAAUUAAAUGAUAUGUCGUGAAUCUUGAGAUAUUUCUGCAAGAAAAGCAGACAAAGCACAUUUUGCGUUAUCGAACCGUUUGUUUCCUUCCAAAUUCGUACAGCGCACCCACAGCGAUAGCUCGGGAAAUUAAAAACAAAAAAUUACAAAAAAAUAAAAUAAAAAAUCUUUGACACAAUAUCACUUGAUUUCUGACACAAAUUCAAGAAUCUGGGAAGAAGAUGAUGCAUGUCAGAGAGCAGUGAUCAUCUUAUUUCUAGCGGUUUUAUGUAUCUGUUUUUUAAGCAUCUGCAAAGCCCAAUUUGGAUUUCAGACAUCAAACCUUAGCUGGGAAGUUAGGAAGUGUCCAAUUACGAGGUUGAUUAUUGUGAAGUUUCUGCUAUUGUGAGUGUAAAAGUGAUCAUUUAACUCUCACUAUUGGGAGCACCACAAAUAGAGGAUUGUGAUUGCAUUUUCUUAAUCAAUGGCGGGUUCGUUGAUGCUAUUGGGAAAAAUACCAUUGCACGCAUCUAGACCAUCAAUCAAGUACUCUUUCUGUUCUGACCGACAAAGCUUGGAGUUCGUCUCAGCUCCUUGGAUACACUUGAGACGAGGUGUCAAGAGCAAGCUUCCCUCGAAGGAGGUUCUUUUUCCCGGCCAAUCAGUCUAUUGUUAUAGGGGCAAGACUGUUUCUUGUUCUAGCUCGGAUGAUCUGCAUUUGAGCAGUCAGGAAUCAGUCGAAGUGAAAAGAGGCGAAGGUUUUCAGCAAUGGGAUUCAAUGACAGCAAAGUUUGCUGGAGCUGCAAAUUUCCCAUUCUUGCUGUUGCAGCUGCCUCAGAUCAUUCUCAAUACACGGAAUCUUCUGUCGGGGAACACUUCUGCGCUUCUGGCCGUUCCGUGGCUGGGUAUGCUUACAGGAUUGCUCGGAAAUCUUUGUCUAGCCUCAUACUUUAUUAAGAAGAGGGAGACUGAAGCAGUUGUAGUGCAGAGUUUAGGAGUGAUAUCGACGUAUGUAGUAUUGUUGCAGAUGGCUAUUGGUGAAGCUAUGCCUCUCCCUCAUUUUGUUGCGACUUCUAUAGUGGUCGCCUCUGGUCUGACUUUGAACUUUCUGAAAUAUUUCAAUUGGCUCCACCCCGAAAUCUGGCGCUCUUGGGAAGACUUCGUUACAGUAGCUGGGCUCUCUGUCCUUCCACAAGUCAUGUGGUCAACUUUCAUUCCUUAUGUGCCGAAUACUGUCUUGCCUGGGACUAUUGCCUUCGUCACCUCUCUGGUAGCUGUCCUUAUGGGUCGCAUGGGCAAGCUCUCUGAUAAAGGUGUCAAAAUUCUUGGAUCAAUACCUGGGUGGACCGCUACUCUUCUUUUUAUGUGGAUGGCCGUUGCACAAAUGUGGACAAAUCUUCUGACUCCCGACAACAUAAAAGGUUUAUCAGCCGUGUCAAUGCUGCUGGCCAUGAUUGGCAAUGGGCUUAUGAUUCCACGUGCACUGUUCAUCCGGGACUUCAUGUGGUUUGUCGGAUCAGCGUGGGGAUCUGUCUUCUACGGAUGGGGAAACCUUAUGUGUUUGUACUGCUUCGAAUGUAUCAGUCCCGGAUUCUACAUAGCUUCGACUGUCUCCUUCCUCGCCUGGAUAGCGAUCACAUUUUGGAGGGAUUCACAAGCAAAUGGUCUCAGUUCGCCCUUCAUCUCGUUGAAGGAGCUCGUUUUUGGACCUUGAUCAUCCGUCAUGAUGCUCGUUGUGACAUGUAAUGGGGACUGUGCAUAAAAUAGUCAAACUACUCUUGCAACUCUCAGAGGAAAGAGUAGAUACGCCAAGAUUGAAACGACGCCCUCAGCAAAAGCUUUCGUGUGUUUGAAAGGUCGUUUUUCAGCAGUUCUUCCUUUUUCUCCGCCUUGCCUCGCCUCUUCAAAAUGAAGUUGUAGCAAAGACUGCUCAAAUUAGGUACGAUGAUAAUAAAUCCAAUCGUAAAUUUCAAUUCUCUAGUGUAAAUUUCCAUGAUUCUAGUUCUUGUUUUUCGAUUUUUCGUUUGUUUGUAAACUGGGAGGUUCAAGUUUACACAUAAUAUUCUGUAGAUGUUGAUUUCUGCGAAUAAGUGUUAAGUUUA